UAGACUGCUUCUUCGUCGAGAGGAUCACUCAUAAUUGAACCUUCUUUGUCGGCGUGCUCCGAGAUGGCUGAUAUGCGUAAGCGUUAUUCAUCGGGCGUACGUGUUCGAAGCUGGAUGGAUUCUUCCAUUUCCCUCUCAUUUCGGGCCCUAAACAAGGAGCCGUCCCUAAUAAUGUGUCUGUUGAAUGCCUAUUCGUGCUCCCGGGCAAGCAAUGGAGUAAGCGGUGACAGGCUAUGUCCCCCACCCUUUUUACAACGUGGCGUGCAAAGCACCAGAAAAUCUCUGCAUUCUGAAGCCAUCACAACGGCAAGCCUCGGUGGUGUUUGGGGGGUGGUUUGGGCCGUAGAUCAGGAGGGUUUCCGAAGCCAAGCCUGGGUGAUCGUCAUGCAGUCUUGCGUACGCGCGUGCCCAUUGAUUGGUCCUCGUGGCCCUCUGAAGCAUCCUAGCACAGGCGGGCAUAAAAUCUUGCCGUCAUGGGUGGUGAUAUGGGCCUGGGCGGGCGGCGGACGAGUAGCAGAGCAACACAGGGGGAGAAUCCCAUCACCUGCACAGCGGCAACACCACACAUGAUCUGCCCGUUGCCUCGUGCCCAGGAAGCUUAUCAGAUGGGCGAAGAAGCCGGUGCAUUGU